AUGUCAACCGAUUCACCGAUACCAUCGGCACCUGAAUUACCCACAACCUCACACAUCACCACUACCAGUACCACCAAUACAACUGAGGGUGAUGCCUGGAAUGCAGCCUUUAAUGACAACAGUAUGUCUUCGUCAAACGAAAGUAGUGAGGUCACAACUACAAUAACUUCGAACAAUAACAACACCACAUCCCCAGGCUGUAUAACUACGAACGAUACACCCAAUAUAAAUGAAAAAUUUGCUGCAACACCCUCACCAUCAUCAGCCUCAUCCACAGCCUAUUCAUUUUCGGGAAGUGCAUUGAACAGUGAUAACCUUAAGGAUAACAUAGGAAGUACCACAACAACAACAACAACAGGUGAUAAAAAUACUGCUGGCGGUGAUAAAAAGGAUGAAGAAAAAGUCGAAGAAUCGAUGUUUGAGUGUAACAUUUGUUUGGACACCGCCAAGGAUGCUGUGGUCAGUAUGUGCGGUCAUUUGUUCUGUUGGCCAUGUCUGCAUCAAUGGCUAGAGACAAGGCCAAAUCGUAAGCUAUGUCCCGUUUGUAAGGCUGCCAUUGGUGAGGAUAAGGUAAUACCAUUGUAUGGACGUAAUAGUACCAAACAGGAGGAUCCACGCAACAAAGUACCACCACGUCCAGCUGGCCAACGUACCGAACCAGAGCCUCAACAGGGUUUUCAGGGCUUUAGUUUUGCCGAUGGUUUUCACAUGUCUUUUGGUAUUGGUGCAUUUCCCUUUGGUUAUUUCACCUCGUCUUUGAAUUUCGGUGAACCAAGACCAGCAGCUGCCAAUCGUGGUACCACCCAAUACGAAGAUGAACAACAAUUAUCGAAAUUAUUUUUAUAUUUGGCGUUUCUGUGCAUUGCUUGGUUGCUAUUCGCAUAGCC